AUGGGUAGAAGGAGUUCACAGAAGAAGAAUGUUGCUAUGCUAGAUAGUGAUGACACGGACAGUGUUAGCUCGUCGUCUACUAUUCGCUCAGAUUACAUUGGGGUAUCAGGUGGUGAAGAAGUUCAAUUUGAUAAGGAUACGUUGCUGGAUCAAUAUUUAGAUGCCCUUUUUGAGAAAAGGGGUUCUACUAGGGAGAAGGCUUUGGCAUCUUUGAUAGAAGCUUUCAAUAACAAUUUACCGCAUGAAUUUGUUGAAAAGAAAUUUGCUACGCUAUUGCAUCAGUGUUUGAAUUCUAUUAAGCGGGGUUCUGCGAAAGAGGUGUCAAUGGCAGCUCACUUGAUUGGUCUUUUGGCUUUGACUACUGGCCCUGGGGCAAAAGCUCAAGAAAUAUUGGAAGAGUCGGUCUCCCCGAUUUCUGAGGCCCUCAAAUCACGACAUGAAACAUCUAAGAUGUCCGCGUUGUUGGAGUGUUUGGCAAUUAUUACAUUUGUUGGUGCUGAGGAGCCGGAGCAUACUGAGAAAUCUAUGCAAAUCAUGUGGCAAGUUGCAAAUCCAAAACUAGGCCCCAACGUUGCAGCAGCUAAACCUUCACCGUUAGUGAUAGCAACAGUCGUGAAUGCUUGGUCAUUCCUUCUUACUACCAUGGAUGGAUGGACUCUUGAUCCAAAGAAUUGGCAAGAGUCGAUUGCGUACUUCUCUACUUUGCUGGACAAGGAUGAUAGAUCAGUGCGUAUGGGAGCUGGUGAAGCCCUUGCUUUGAUUUUUGAGAUAGGUAGCCUGGAGAAGUUCUCUAAGGGAUCUAGUGAAAGUUCUAAUAGUGAAGCCGACAAGUCUCGUGAACUGAUGCAUAUUCAAGGCCUAAGGUCUAAAAUUUUAGGCCAAGUGAAGAAUCUUUCUGCAGAGGCUGGUGGCAAAGGGGCCGUUGCCAAGAAAGAUCUCAAUAGUCAGAGAAAUACUUUCCGGGAAAUCUUGGAAUUUCUUGAGGACGGUUACAGCCCAGAGAAUACAGUCAAAAUUGGUGGAGAUUCUUUGAGUACAACCUCUUGGGCUCAGUUGAUCCAGUUGAAUUUUUUGAAGCAUUUUCUUGGUGGAGGGUUUGUGAAACAUAUGCAGGAGAAUGAGUUUCUUCAUGAUGUUUUUGAUUUCUCACCUAAGAAGUCUCUUGCAUCUGCUGAAUAUCGACUAUCUGCCAGUGCAAAGAGGUUAUACAAGUCACCUAAUUCAGGUCUCAAUAAGGCUCGGACUCAGUUCCUCAACAAACAAAGGGCGAUAUCGCAGGGCAAGAAUACUGGACAGUUUGCUGUUAGUUUUGAUCCGGAUAUGGCAUGA